UUUCAGAUUUAAUGAAUUAAAACAUAAAAAUUUCCAGAAAAUUAUUUAAAUGAUAACGAAAUUAACAUCUUCAUUUCGAUUGAUUCGCUUCUUCAACUCUCUCUCUCUUUCUUCUUCUUCUUCUUCUUCUAACUGCUUCUGCGAAACCCUAGAUUUUGGUGUGAGGAAGAAGACUUCAAUGGCGGAAGUAGGAGAGGAGAACGUUAACGUUGACGCUGUGGCGGUCUUGGAAGAGGAGCUGUAUGGAUUUAAACGGCAAGAGAUGUACACUGAUACGCUCGCCGGUUCCGUGGGGCCGUACGGUCGACAUGUGUUCCUUUGCUACAAGAGUCACGAGACUUGGAUUCCUCGUGUUGAAACUGAAGGUCUUCCUCAGCGUUUCGCUAAGUCGUUUAAGGAUCGUAAAGCUGAUUUCGGAGUUGAGACGAAGUUGACGGUGUGCGGUGGUGGUGAAUCGGAUGGAGAUGUGUUGAUUUUCCCGGAGAUGGUUAGAUACAAGGCGCUUCAGGAUACAGAUGUGGAUGGUUUUGUGGAAGAUGUGCUUGUUAAAGGGAAACCAUGGACCUCUGGGAUUCAGGAAGAGUUAACUGGUUCCUUUGUGUUUGUAUGUGCUCAUGGUAGCCGUGAUAAGAGAUGUGGAGUUUGUGGACCAGCUCUUAUGGAGAAGUUCAAGGAGGAGAUAGGUUCCCGUGGACUUUCAGAAAAAAUCUUCGUGUUGCCAUGUUCUCAUAUUGGUGGGCACAAGUAUGCUGGAAAUUUGAUUGUCUUCAGCCCUGAUUCAGCUGGAAAAAUGUCUGGCCACUGGUAUGGCUAUGUGACUCCUGAUGAUGUGCCUGCAAUGCUUGAUCAGCAUAUCGUGAAAGGAGAAAUCAUUCAAAACCUUUCCAGGGGAGGAAUGAGACUCAGAACUGAGGGUGAAGAAGCUGCAAAAGAGGAUGAACAUAAAAUCCCAAACGGAAACGGCAAAGUUGAACCACGCGAACCUGUGGUGCAGAAGGGAUUCUCAGGAGGUUGUUGCCAAGGUACAAACGGAGUUUCGUGUUGCCAAGACCAAGCUCCAGAGCCAGAGAAGAAAGAAGGAUGCAUGAAGCUAAAUUGGUUGAGAUCAAUGGGGAAAGAAGAGGUUCUCUUGGGAGCAGCAGCAGUAUCAGCUGUCGCAACCAUAGCCGUGGCUUACAGCAUUUACAGAAGGUCAGGUUAAGAACCUACACAACCUGCACCACCCUCCUGGCUUCCUCUUUUGACCUAUACAAGAAAAGUUUAUUUUUGGUAGCCAUAUUAUUAUAAUAUAGCAGUAAAGGAAGAAAAGUAAACAUGGAGAGGUAAUAAUAAUAUUUGGAACUAUGUAACAAUCGUUUGGUUUCGGUAUGGCAAAUACCGGAAUGGGAUGUAAUCUAUCUUUGACUCGGUUUAGUUUGGUUAUCUUGUUAUAUUGACAUGGAUAUACAAUUAUACAUCAA